GUACACAUGUGUUCUGCAUUGUGCUACAUUAAAAGUGACUCGACGCAAAAAUGGCUAAUAAUAUUCUUACAAGUGUAGGCAGCAACCUCUGCAGUAACCGACACUAUUUUGUGGGAGCUGCUUUAUUAGCAACGUCCAGCAUUGCUGCUUAUUCAACUUACAAGCUUUUAAGAUACGAUGAGAGCCGUGCCGACGUUGAAAAUAAGUAUGAAACUGAGAAACUUGUCAACGAGUAUUUAGUUUUUCACUACGGUGCACCGGAGGAAGUUCUACGCUACAGUUUCGGCCCUAGAGAUGCCCUCGACUUCCCUCGAAGAGUCGCAGACGAAGCACUACAGGCUCUUCUCACUACAGACAAGAGCACAAUCCCUAGCAGAGCUCUUGACAUUGGUUGUGCUGUUGGGAGGACAUCCUUUGAGCUGGCAAGAGAAUUCGAGCAGGUUGUUGGCAUUGAUUUCAGUCAUGCCUUCAUAGAUGCUUGUAAUCUUCUCAAGGACCAUGGUAACUUACAGUACUCUGUCACAGAUGAGGGCGAUCUAUGUACAGACCUGAAUGCAGUUGUGGAUUCAACAAUAGAUCGGAAAAGAUGUCACUUCCAGCAAGGCGACGCCUGUAACCUUCCCCUGGACCUGGGCCAGUUUGGUUGUGUGGUGGGAGCCAAUCUUAUAUGCAGAUUACCAGACCCAAUGGACUUCCUUAACAGAAUUCCAGGUCUAGUUGCUUCAGGGGGUUUACUAGUGCUCACAACGCCAGCUUCCUGGGACUCAGAAUUCACACCAAAGGCAAAAUGGCUUGGAGGCUACAAGGACAAAGAGGGCAAACCUGUGAACACCCUUGACUCAUUGAAGAGGAUACUAGGGCCUGAUUUCACCCUGAUGGACGACAGAGGACUCCCAAUGUUCAUCAGGGAAACUGCGAGGAAAAACCAAUGGACGGUGCCCCAACUCAGCGUUUGGAGACGGAAAUGAGGUCCAAAAUCAUGAUCGAGCUAAAAUUCCCCUCCCAUGAAUUGCUGUCGUGCUUUUCAGUAUUAAACAAGAUAAAUACCCGGCACAGUAUUGACUGUCAUCAUAUGAAGUCACUUUUGCAUACAGGCAAAUCUUAUAGGCAAAAUGUUUUAAUGAAUGGGGCCGUCUUCUGCUAAAUAGAAAUUAGGGUUUCUUUAGGUGUGUAAUUAUGAUUUGCUCAUAUUUCUAUGAAGGCAUAGCUUCAUUUCUGCUUGUUGCUUUAGAGGUAGCUAAUGCAGUAACUUUCAUGAUAAACUAUAAAUGAUUACUGAUAAACUGGCAAUAGAUUAGGAUUCAAUGUUUCCAAAUUGAACACCUUUAGCUGCAAACAGAAUAAAAGAGGGUGCCAGCAUUUUUAAAACUUUAAAAUAUGCUGAUACACAACAGGGCAGGCUAUUUUAUUGUACUUUUAAUCAGACAACUCCUGCAACGUAGCAUUCCCUUAGGCUUAAUACAGGACCCAUGUGGUUCCCAUAGGCAGUGAGUAAAUGUACAUUUUAAUGCUGUACUGAGCUUUGGGCAAGUUAUUCUCAUUAGACAUCUCUAUAAAGUAUCAAUUAAUUUGAUAUUGUAGGAAUUAUAAAAUACCCAAUCAAACUUCAGUAUUUUAUUAUGUGAAUUGUACAAGGAACAGUGAAAUCAGUAUAUCAAGACCGCUCAAGGGAAACAAGAAAAGUGGUUUUUGAUCAUGAUGAUGGCUAUGGCUUCUGUAGUGGGCGCUUGCUGGUGGGCGCUUGCUCUACAAUGCCUCACAAAUUCAAUGAUCUUGAUCAGUGUAUCAAAUUAAGAUUAUUUUCCAUUAUUCUUUAUUCGUAGGUGGUCUUUAUGUACAGGUUUUUUUAGUAUAUGUUUCAACGAGGAAGGAUAUUUGAAGGGAAACAAGAAAAUGUAGUCUUUAUAGACAAGUGGUCUUUCUAUACAGGUGGUUGCUAAAGCAGAUUUCACUGUACAUAGCGAUAAAGUAAAUUUCUGCAAAUAAUCAUAGAUAAUCAUCCACCCUAUAGUGGAAUCUUUGUGGUGGUAACAGUCUAUUUUUGUAGUUGAGUGUAGAUAUCUGAAGGGGGUUGAUGUUUGGGACAUCUUUAUAUUGGAAAGUCUCUGCCAACGGUACAAAAAUGGAGGUAUAUAGCAUUUCAAUGUAUUAUUUAUUAGUUUUUACACUAUGAUAGAUGCAUAAAUUAGUUCCAAUUCAUGAUAAUUAUGAAGAAUGUGAUAGUUGUCCAUGUUUAUUGUUCUCAAAUGUGAUUCAAUCACUUCUGUAUAGAUAUUCUUUUUUUGUGAUUAAAUGAAAAAUUAUGCAAAGUGAUGUUACUGUGUGUGUGAAUGUAA